GUCUAGGCGGGUCUAAUUUGGGAAAUUGAAAACAAUGUGAUCCACUACGGGAUUUAAUUUGAGAAAUUGGAAAUACAGGAAAGGGGAAGCCCAAAUUAAACCCAGAUCCCAGAGCAUUGUCACCAAGGAACGGAACGAGAGAGAGAGAGAGAGAUUACAGACGACCGACUCGAAGCUCGGCGACCAUGGUGUCGACGUCGUUGGCGCUAACUUGCGCAGCGCUGACGUGCGCAUCCCCUCUGUUAAGUCCUCGGCCUAGGGUAGCCUUGAAGACGCUGACGAUUUCUACAGGUCAGUUUCUCGUCGUGCGAAGAUGCUCGGGAAAAGAAGAAGUGCUUUUAGAAGGAAUGCCACCGGAGUAUUAUGAUGAUGAAUGGCAAGCUCGACAGAGAGAGAAGACCAAGGAAUUGCGGCGGAUGCAGCGGGAGGAAGAAGAAGAAGAGGAGAGGAAGAUUGAAGAGUACCGUGAAAUCGGCAUGAGGUUGAAGGAAUUUCCUGAGGAAGACUUGAGGAAAGCUAGAAAGCUCGUCUCCAGCUUCAUCACAGCUGCUGAGGAAGUCGAAGAGAGAAUUGAAGAAGCAGCCGAGAAAGGAGAACUGGACGAACUUGUUCUCAUGAUCAUUUGGAACCGCCUUGACCUUGCUCGGCGCGAUGAUGAGAAAGAUGCCAUAAGAAGUCUUGAUCUCUUAUAUAGAAGAGUCGAGACAGAGAUCUUAAAACGGCAAGCAAGUCCUGCGAUGAAACUGCUGAAUGAUCUUCUAAACAUGCAUGAUGGCUUUCGAGAAGAUGCUUGGAUGAAAGACUGCAGAAAACUAAUGGCUGAGACAUUCCCACGGGAAGACCCCUUCAGCAUUCUUAUGCCACCGGGAUUCGACAUUGAUAUGCAUCAAGGACGGUUACGACCCCCCAAUGAGACAGACAACACCCUUCUGAGAGUAGACUUUGUAAGAGAAGUGGAUGCAUUGCUACAAGAAGUGAGAAUAUUAGAGGAAGACGAGGAGGAAGCUGGUAAUAAAGGACAAGGGCUUGACCCUGAAGCUAUAGCACGUAAGUUGAAGCAGCAGGAGAAGAAGCGAACCAUCCGUCAAGUUGAAGCCAUUCUUGAUUUGGCCCUUAACUUGAAGUGGUAGGUUAGGUAACAUGAAUAGUAGUAUAUCAAGAGGUCUUUUUUGAAGAAAAACCGACGAUUAUUCACGAACUUUGGUCACAAAAAUUUCCAAAUCAAAAUGUGGCAUUAAAUA